AUGGCUGGGUAUUUGGGCUCACCUUCAGAGGACCGGAGGAGGAUGCGGACGGCAGGAUCCGUGCAGGUGCAGCAGUGGGGCGAUAGAGCUACUGCCGGGAGAGGAGAGCGUGCGAGGCGCGAGCAGCGGCGGCGUGCGGUGCGGCUGGGGCGUGGCCGACUGGGAUGUGGACGCGGCAAGCGGAAGGGGCUAGGGUUAUACCGUCCGUGGGCUGGGCCGGCUGUGGCAGCUUUCGUGGGCUAA